AUGGCAGCAAUGAAGUGCAUCCUGGGUCUCCUGGCCCUGCUUGCAGUCUCAGCCUGGACCAAGGCGGGGGUUGUGAAGAAGGUGAGCGGUGGCAAUAACGAUCAAUAUGAGGGUGACCUGACCGUCACAGAGCUGCUGGAGAAAGCCAACAAAAAUCUCAUGCGUAACCGAGACAAUAUCGAGAUUAGAGGUGACAUUGCUGUGUCUCGUCUGCCCACCCUGAGAAACGCCGACCCCUGCGUCCUGCGUGGUUGUAUGUGGCCUAAAGCCACUGAUGGCAAGGUCUACAUUCCCUAUGUCAUUGCUAACCACUACUCUUCUCGGGAACUGGAUAUCAUCAACAGAGGCAUCAACUCCUUCUCCUACUCCACCUGCAUUCGCUUCAUCCCUCACACCAACCAGAAAGACUACCUUUACAUUCAGUCUUUGAAUGGUUGCUACUCCUAUGUGGGUCGCCAGGGCAAUCGCCAGACCGUGUCUCUGAGCCGUCAGGGCUGCAUUUACCACGGAACGAUCCAGCAUGAGCUGCUCCACGCCCUGGGCUUCAACCAUGAGCAGUGUCGUUCUGACAGGGACCAGCACAUCCAGGUCCUGCUGCAGAACGUCAUGGCAGGUAGUGAACACAACUUUAACAAGAUCAACACUCUGAACCAGGGAACUCCAUAUGACUAUGGCUCUGUCAUGCACUACGGCAGGCUGGCAUUCUCCAAGGACAACUACAACCCCAGCAUGGUGGCUAUUCCAGACCCCAGGGCCGUGUUUGGCAUGGCCAAGCAGAUGAGCCAGAACGAUAUCAACCGCAUCAACCUAUUGUACUGCAGGAACUAG